AUGACCAUAAAAGCUGCAAUCUCAAAACAUCUUCUGGAAAUGUCAUAAACCUUAGAUUAGUAACUCUUUGGCCUAGUUUCAAAAGAAGUUUAGGAUAAAAAUGACUUCGAGGUUGCCAAGAUAAAUAAUGAUGAAGCUUAAAUUGGAAAUGAAGAUCCAUAGAAAUUAUUGGAACAAGAAAAGAUUAAAUAAAAAAAAUAAGAAAUCGAACGAUUGAAAGCUAAACAAAGCAUUUUACUUACCAACAAUAUCGAAAAGAAAAUUCUCAAUAAUGAUUUAUCAGUCCUAGAAUCAAAUGUAUAAUCACCAACAAGAUAGAAGUAAAAUGUGUAAGAUGAUAAAAAUAAGGCAGUCAAAGAAUAAGGCUUAGAUGAUGCAAAAUUAUUAGUAAAAAAAAUAAAUGAAGAAAAGAGAGAAAGAGAAAAAAGAAGAUAGGAAAUGCUUAGACUUGAGCAAGAAAAAACUCAGAGAGAAAUCGAAGAGAGAUAGAAAAAGUAAGAUGAAGAAAUCAGUAAAUUAGAGGAGGAAAAAAGGCAAAAAAGAGAGGAGGCUGAAAAAAGAAUCAAAUAGAGAAUUGAGGAAAGAUAAUAGUCACAAUAGCGAAUGAUUGUUGAGACAAAAAAGAUUGCAAAAAAGCCAAAGCUAUACCAAGAGAUUGAAAAGAAAUUUUCAGAGGAACAGAUAAGAGAAUUAGAGAAGGAAAGAUUAGAGAAAUUGAAAGAGAUUAAGGAUAACCAUAAAUCUGUCAACAAGGAUGAUAUUGAGAGUCAUUCUAGGAAAUAUGAUGAUCUCAUGAGACAAAAGAAAGAGGAACUGAGGAAAAAAAGAGGUGGCCUGGAAUAUCAAUCUGAGUCAACUGACUAGCUUAGAAAUUACAAAUCUAAGUUUUAUGAAGAUAUCCUUAACAAUGAGAAGGAGUAAAAGGAAUAGAUGUUUAAGGAGAAAUAAGAUAAGAAAAAAAUGUAAGAUAAGGUUGGAAGUUAUGCAAAAUAUGUCAAGGAAAUGUACUGGCCAUAAGUCUCAGAAUAAAAGAGAUUGCAGCUAGAGUCAGUCAAAGAAAAUAUUAGGCAUCCAUUGAGAAGAGACAAUGAGGAUAAUGCAAUGUAUUCUGCCCCAGUAGGCUAAUAAGAGAAGAAAAGAGCAAUUGCAAGACACGGAACAGCAGAUAACAGAGUUAAUUAUACUCAAUAGCACAAGAGUAAAAACGUUACAAGUGUAAGAAAUCUUCAAAGUUAUGUAAAAGAUGAUAACAUCUCCUCUCAUAGUUCACAGAAUGGACAGAAUAUUAAACAUAAUGGAUUUAGUUCAGAACCAGAAAUGAUGCAUAAGGACGAGGAGAGAAGACCUCAAAGAAGAAAUAUCAAACCUCUAGCUUAAAAUAGCAAUUAAUCUCAAUUGCUAAAUGAAAAUUAAAAGAAACCCCCAAAAGAUUAUCUUAGAGAAUUUAAGUCAAAACGUGGCCAAGAUAAAAAUUAAAAUUAGAAUUAUGCGGCUCAAGAAAUGGAGAGACUUCUUGCUAACCCUCAACUAUCAGAUGUGGAAAAAUAUGAAUUAGUGAAGAUAAAGACAGAUUAACUGGAAUAAAAAGCUCACCUAGAGGAGAAAAUGCUAAAUGUAAUGGGGCAAAAUACAAAUAGAAACGUUGACAAAACUAUCCAAGUAAAUGACAUGUAUAUUGAAAGUAUUAAAGCCAAGUUGAUGAUGCUAGACCAAAUAUGA